CUCCCUUCAUGUUCUGUUGUAAGUGAUUUGCUUGCUGAUUAAAGCUUCAACAUCGGUUUCUCUUAACCUGUCCAUGGGUAAGGUGAUGUCAAGACACUUUUCUCUUUGACCUCAAAUGAGUCGUAACUGUCUUCUGCUGCGGUUGCCUGAACCUCCAGCAUGAUUCGUUUUCAAAACCGCACUCCGUGUGCGUUCAUUGUGGGACAGAUUCAAAUCUGGCCUGUUGGUUCUGAUCUUAUCGAGAAAUGUUGUCUAGGUGCUCGGAUGUUUUGUGGUGUGCUGACUGCAUUCCAGCCUCCUGCCACCUGCAUGUCUGCGGUGUUUUCUUAUGCGGCUGCCACAUACUUACAAAAGCUCAGCUGCUUCAGGAAGUGUCCCGUUCCUUACAAGGUCACAGAAAUGAUUUUCCUGACAAUGUUCUCAAAGUAGACACUUUAAUUAACAGAAAUAACUUGCACUACAUUGGGUUUUUGCAACACUUAUAAAAGUACCCUGUUCAAUAAAGCUGGAAAAAUACUUUUUAUUUUUUUUUAUGUUGUAAAUUGCAACAAAGCUAACCUAACUUAUUCUCUACUGCUGAUACUCAACUUAACUGGUUUGGUUGAACUAAUUUUAAUAGUUCAAAUUUAAUAAUGAGUUCACUAAUUCGUCUUUGAAGGAUAUAACGCGUGUUUUGACUCAGCACUUGGACGUUUGUACGCAGAUCUGACACAAAGUACUUGUUCCCAUGACAAGAUUUAUGUUCACUUAAGUUUCUUUCCCUGUUGAACUGAAUUCCAGACAGGCUGGUUAUUCUCACUGACGCGCCUAUUAAAAAUAGUUAGCUUCCUCACAGGCUUUAAAGGAAUUUGGAAAAACCUGUGCCAAACAAAACAUGCUGUGUAUAGAAAUUAUUAUUAUUAUGAAGUUUAUUUGAUAGGGACAUACACACAUCGACAUAGACAAUCUGAAUAAAACAGCAUUCCCAUGUAUGCAUCAUGGUGCAAUAGCAACAGCUAAUUCGCAGCACUUGUCCCUAUAUGGGCUUUUGAAACGUAACUCUAAAAAUUGAAGUCAUAAUCAUUUAAAAUAGUACAACAUAAUGUAUAUACAAACAGAGAAAUGUUUCUGGAAAUCUCAUAAAUCAAGUGGAACCAUUAGCAUAUACACACGUAGACCAACCUGUUUGUGACGCCACGCCAGCGAAUCACUAAUUUCAGAUGCUAAAGUCAUUCAGAAGUAUUUUGAAUGACAUGCUUGUAUCUGUUUAUAUUAUGUUUCUUUAAGAUAUUUUUAGAAAAAAGACCCAUAAAACUCUCUAAUAUGAGUUUUUGAAAACAAAAUAAAUAGUCAGUGCAGUCCAGACUGCUGCAGGAAAUCUCUCUUGCCAACAGCCGUCAUGAUCUUCAAUAACUCUCUGAAUAAUCUAAAUUAAUGAGUUAUACCAACAUUUAAUUUCCCUUUGGGAUUAAUAGAGUACUUUAGAAUUUGAGUUUGAGCUAUAUAUUUAAAAAAAAAAAUGAACCACCCAGCACUUUAUUUGUUCAUGUAGAUUAUUAUUAUUUAUUUUAUUUUGCUUUGAGCAUUAGUGAAACGAGCUUACUUAAAUAGAGAGAGACAAUAACCGACCGGCUUGAUCUGGCGUUAUUUUUUGCCUGCUGAUAAUCUGUGCCAAUAAGUGCUAGGAGGGUUGAAGAUGAGGAUUAUAAGUUUCCCCUCCGGUCAGGACAUGAGCCCUAAGCCACCUCGUGUGUCACCACUGCUCACCACAUCUCCAGCUCCAGCUUUGGAGGAAGGUUUUAAAACGGCCACAAGGAGUGAGAGUAGCACACCUUUAGAAAAGCAUAAAAAGCAAACUUCAGGUUCAAAUUUACAACAUUUUAAUUUCCUCUCGUUACUAUGAGAGAUUAACAGAUAAGAGAUUUGUGCAUUGGCCUGCAAUACAUUGAGAAGCGUGUACAUGAGGAUGAUUGACAGCGAUAGGGCCUUUCUCCUGGCUCAGAUUGGUUGUUUUUGACCAGGAGCGGUGCAUUUUUGCCGAUCGCUCAGAGAGGAGGUGGAGCAGUUAGAUUUUUUCACAGAUUAUCUGACUCAUACCUUGCUGUCCCAACAUAGUGACAACUUUAACAAAUAUAUUUAAAAAACAGAAUUUUUAUAGCAAACUGUAGCAAUAACUGUACUGUAGCUUUAAUACUGCCCAAACUGUACCAAUGACCCUCAUAUAUAUCAAAACCUGCCACUCGAUCUCAAGAAGGUAUAUAUUUUUAGUGCCAUUCGGAGUAACCAUGGCGACAGAAUCAGUCAAAAACCACAUGCAUGGAUUUUCUGAAUCCACUAUUUUUGAUGAUUUGCUGUCACCACAGUUUCAGUUACAAGUAUUAUUCAGCAUUCAGUUUUCAGACAUGUAGACGGUAUGUUGAUACCUUUUAGGGUCUUUCCACUAAUGGCCUCUAAGUUUGCCCCAAAGUUUGAUGAAAAAAUUAGAUUUUAGAGUCUAACCGACAUCAAUUACCCAUCAGCUACUGUGGGGAAGCCAGUGGGUUUUUUUUGUUUGUUUGUUUGUUUUCACUGAUAAAGGGUUUUUUUUCAACGUCAACAGUGAGUUUUUAUGUUUUUAAAAUAUGCGAGGACCCGAUUUUAAUAAUAAAAAUACAAUCUGUUCUGGACGAUCUUUUUGCUUUACUGGGCAUGCUCCUCGUUUUGGUCUUCUUGUACCCGUCCUUCUGGGUAAGCAAUGUUGCCUGUCCUGUCAGACUUUAAAAACCCUGCCGUCACAAAAACACGGAAACAGCUGAGUCCAGCCUCGGCUUCCCUUCUGGAUUUUAUUUCUCUCUCCCUUCCCCCAGACUUCUCUGCCGCUGCCUUUGUUUGCUUUGCCUCUUCGCCUCGCAGGGUUACCACCCAACGACCUGCUUUGGAGGCUCCUGAUUGGUGGACUCCUGGUGUCGGGGCGGGCCGAGCGUCAGGCUUGUGCGGGUGUUUACCAGUGGUGAAGAGGCUCUCGGCUGUCAGAAAGCGUUUAGUCCGCAGCGGAGCAGGAUACCUCCCUGCUGGUCCCGUCUGCUGGGGCAGCAGCAAAGAUCCGCGGCACGACACUCUGAAAAGCGCUCCUCACGUUCUUCUCUGCCUCAAGGGCUGCCUGGGAGAGAGCUGAGAGGAAUAAAAAUCGGCCGAUUUCUCUGCCCCGUUUCCUCUUUUCUUUGUUGUGAACCAGCGGCGUCCCCCGAGAGCCGAGCGGAUCAUCACAACAUCAACCUCUGAGGACACCGUGGCAAUAUUUCGCAACAAUCCGCAACCUCAAUGCGACACACAAGGACUUCUGAUCAGGAGAUCUUCAGCCCGUGAGCGUCCCUGAAAGACAGAGUAUCCCCCCCUCCUCCCCCCCAAAAAACGCCCCCUCCACAUUCGUGCAUGCGUGUGUGAGGAGGCUAAUGCCCACCGUAGGGUGGCCAGUGCCAGAGGAGGAUGAGUCCGGCUGUGGAGGCUCAGGCCCAGGAGGGCACGGAUCCAGAGCAGAAGCAGAAGCAGCAGCAGCAGCAGCAGAACCAGCCGUGCUACAUAGAGAAGGGAGUGAUGCUUGAGCCCUUUGUGCACCAGGUGGGGGGGCAUUGCUGCGUCCUGCGCUUCGGGGAGCAGACCAUCUGCAAGCCCCUCAUUCCCCGGGAGCAUCGGUUCUAUAAGACUCUUCCCCCUGCAAUGAGGAAGUUCACCCCACAGUACAGAGGUGUUGUGUCAGUCAGCUUUGAUGAGGAUGAAGAAGGGAAUCUAUGCCUCAUCGCCUACCCCCUGCACAGCGACCUGCCGGCUGACGUCGAGAACAAAGACCCCUCCGCCGAUUGUGAUCCCAAGAGGAAGAUGCUCCACCGCGGCCAAAUGGUCGCGUCCGCACAGAUUUUGGAAAGCGAAAUCUACAGCAAGGACGGCAGAGGCCACCACUUUCGAAAAGGCCAGGACAGGAGGUGGCACUCGCUGCAGGACUACCUGGAGAUGGAGCAGCCGCAGCAGGCAGACGUGCUCCACUACAGCCUGGAGCACAGUCACAGUAACGCUGCCCCGCAGCUCGAACACAACCCCUUGAUCCUCAAGUGUCAGCAGCAGCAUCUGCAACGCAUGAAGGAGAACGCCAAGCACCACAACCAGUACAAGUUCAUCCUGCUGGAGAACCUGACCUGGCGGUACACGAUACCGUGCGUGUUGGACCUGAAGAUGGGAACGCGGCAGCACGGAGACGACACCCCUGAGGAGAAGAAGGCAAUACGCAUCCGCAGAUGCCAGCAGAGCACAUCGGCCGCCUUAGGGGUCCGCCUCAGUGGCAUGCAGGUGUACCACUCUGACUCUGGCCAGUUCAUGUUCAUGAGCAAGUUCCACGGCCACAAGCUGACCGUGGCAGAAUUCAAAGAGGCUCUGUUCAAGUUCUUCCACAGCGGCCGGCGUCUGAGGCGGGAAUUGCUCUCGCCGGUGCUGAGCCGACUCAGGGAGAUGCAGGCCGCCCUGGAGUCCUGCGAGUCGUACCGCUUCUAUUCCAGCUCCCUGCUCAUCAUCUACGACGGGCUGCAGCGCAGGACACACUUCUCCAGCACCAAAGACGGGCUCUCUGAAGGCGAGGAGGAGGACGACAAGGAGGAGGAGGACGAGGAAGAGGUACAAGCUGAGCCUAAAAUGGACGAGGACGAGGACGAGGAGGAGAGCGAAACAGAGGGCGCGUCCGGCUUUCCUCACAGCCCGGCGCCGUCUAGCGACGGCAGCGGCGGGAGCUCCAGCAUCAGCCAGUCCAGCUCGGACCUCCGCAGCCCUGCGGUGGAUGUGAGAAUGAUUGACUUUGCUCACACCACCUGCAGACAUUACCGCGAGGACAGCGUGGUUCACGAGGGCAAGGACAGCGGCUACAUUUUCGGCAUUCAGAACCUGAUCACCAUCAUCUCUGAGCUGGAGAAUCACAGCACAGACUGAGCAGUGAGACGAAAAACACAUUCAGGCUCCAAGCCGCGGACUCAGAGCCUCGGUCCCAGGAGAGGACUGCUGUAGCCGUUCCUUUACCUCCUCCUGUUUUCACCUUUGGUGCUUCUUUUUUCUUUUUUUUUUUUGGUGUUACCAUUGGGACUGAUAGUCAACCAAGAGUAACAGCAAAGAACCGUCUUUGUGAACGUCCCAUUUUAACCACAGUAACCAAUAAAAAGAAGGGGGACGGCCAUGGAUACAAAGCCAUUGAAACGUCCAAGAUCAGCAGGUGUUCUCGUGUCAGAUUUCCAAAGAAAGUGUCAUUUUGCACACACACACGUGGACAUGCUCUAAAAAGGGAGUGUGUGUUCGAACCGAAACAGGGAGAAGCAGAGGACGGAAAGUGUGAGGAGAGAAGCAGCUUUGGUUCUUCUUCUACAUGUUCAUCCUGCCGUCGUCGUCUCCUAAAGCGAAACAAAUCUCAGAGUUCAUAGAGAGAUAUUUAUUUAUUUCAGUCAUUUUGUAAAGUAAACUAAAAAUGUCAACAAGAAAAAAAAAGAAUAUGUAUGGAGGCUAGUACAUUCCGUAUUAUUAAUGUUAAAAUAAUGAUAUUGAUUAAUAUUGUUAUUUGACAUGGUUGGAUACCUCUCCCUUGUUUGUUUGUUUGUUUUUUCCCGUGUUGUCCACGAUUUGUUGGAGGCGAAUUAAAACCGUUGUGGUAGCA